GUUUAUUUCUCAAAAAUGAAAUGGAAAAAGAUUCCAAAGCAUUUCUCCCGCAAGAAACUCAGCCGUAAACUGCGCUACUUCUUGCGAACCAAAUACUGGGGCUGCAAGCGUAGCCCCGACGGCCCCAGAAUUCAGCUGGACAACGACAAGCUGCGCCGGGAUGCUCGCCUCUCGGGCUCUCGACUGGAUUUGCCACAGCUCUGCAAUGGCUCCAGGCGCCUCGACGGACACAACAAUCAUGUGGCCGUCAACGAGACCUCGUCCAAUGGCACGUCCCUGAACGUCAACGGCAACGGCAACCCCAACAGCGGUCACAACAACAACAACAACAACAACAUCGGGUCUCCAGUCUCCUCAUCGACCACCAACAGUAGCAGCAAUGGGGGCAACGAGCGGGGCUCCUCCACAAAGUCCAACAGCAGCAGUGGCAGCUCCGGCAACUCGGCCAGCAGCACGGGCAGUGCUGAGCUAAAAUGCAACACCCCCAUGACGCCAUCUGAACUCGUGAAAAAAUUCCGUAACUACCUAACAGACUUGGAGUUCGAGGAGCUGAAGGUCUACAAGGAGGUCUGGUACUUUGGCCAGCAUGCCAGCAAGAACUACAACAAACCCGCCCCCACAGCCAAUACCACAAACCUGGGCUAUGACGAUGAUAAUGGCAACUACAAGAUCAUCGAGCACGAUCAUAUAGCCUUUCGGUAUGAGAUUCUGGAGGUGAUUGGCAAAGGCAGCUUCGGCCAGGUGAUCCGGGCCCUGGACCACAAGACCAACACCCAUGUGGCCAUCAAGAUAAUCCGGAACAAGAAGCGCUUUCUCAACCAGGCCGUCGAGGAGCUGAAUAUCCUGGACGAGCUGCGGGACAAGGAUGCGGAUGGAUCUCACAACGUCAUACAUAUGCUGGACUAUGCCUUUUUCCGCAAGCACUUGUGCAUCACCUUUGAGCUGAUGAGCCUGAACCUGUACGAGCUGAUAAAAAAGAACAACUACAAUGGGUUCAGCAUGAGUCUCAUCCGGCGCUUCUGCAACUCGAUUGUGAAGUGCCUGCGUCUGCUCUACAAGGAAAACAUCAUUCACUGUGAUCUCAAGCCAGAAAAUAUCUUGCUCAAACAGCGAGGCAGCAGCUCGAUCAAAGUCAUCGACUUUGGCAGCUCGUGCUACGUGGACCGCAAAAUCUAUACGUACAUCCAGUCGAGGUUCUAUCGCUCCCCGGAGGUGAUUCUCGGACUACAAUACGGCACCGCCAUCGACAUGUGGAGCUUGGGCUGCAUCCUUGCCGAGCUCUACACGGGCUUUCCCCUCUUCCCCGGCGAGAACGAGGUGGAGCAGCUGGCCUGCAUCAUGGAGGUGCUGGGCCUGCCGCCCAAGGUGCUCAUCUCGGUGGCCAGGAGGCGCCGUCUCUUCUUCGACUCCCGGGAUGCUCCGCGCUGCAUCACCAACACCAAGGGCAGGAAGCGAGCGCCGGGCAGCAAGUCGCUGUCCCAGAUCCUGCACUGCCAGGACCGCUACUUCAUCGACUUCCUGCAGCGCUGUCUCGAGUGGGAUCCCGCGGAGCGGAUGACGCCGGAUGAGGCGGCCCACCACGAGUUUCUGCAGCCCUCCUCCUCCAGUCGCCAUCGCAGCUGCCGCAUGUCGAACAGCUCCUCCAGCUCCGGCCUGAACAGCGUCUCCCAGAAGUCCUCCUGCUACAAUUUCGCGGACAUCUCGCCGGGCAGCGGCACUGGCCAUGUCGUCGGUGGUGGGCCCGUGGUGGCCUCGAUAACCAGCACCACAGCAGUGCACAAUGCGGCGAUUGCCACCACGACCAAGUCGAGGCAGCAGCAGGCGCAGCUGCAGUCCCAGAGCCACACCCACGGCCACGCCCAGUCGAACGGACACCUGCCGGACAUCAAGCUGAGUGCCAGCGACAAGUACAACAGCAUGCAGAAGGUGGCGGUGCGCUCGAAGAUCACAUCCAGCGUCUCGGACCUGGAGUCCGUGCAGCAGUACUCCCUGCAGUACGUCUCCUCGGCGGCUAGGAAGCACCUGAACCGCAGCGGAGUGUCCUCCAAGUACGGCAGCUCGACCCUGGCGCACAACCACCACAACGUGACGCACCACAACGCAUCAACGGCCACCAUCGCCACCGCCACGCACCACCAUCACCACCACGGCGGGGCAGGCGGCGGGCAGCAGCAGCAGUCGUCGUCGGGAGCCACCGUCAUGUCGCACUCGCAGUCCACCGGCGAUGUCUCCGACAGAGCCAUCUUCGGGCGAGCUUGACUCCGGGCAAGGCCCACCAAGCUGGAGCUCAAGAAGUGCAAGCUGGUCAACAUGAUGGACUUCUGGAGCUAGAAGUGGCGUCCACAGCA